UUUCCUCUGCCGGAGCAGUAUUGGCGAGGAGAGGGGCGACGGGUAGGUCACCCAUCGACAAAAUCUGGACCCUCUCAGAAUUUCUCGGGACCACCCGGGAACUGUUUCGGCCUCUUUUCUUUUUUUAUUCCCACGGUGACACCUUCAUCUGUGCGCCCGCGCCGCCACACAUGCGUCCUAACGGUCGGGGGGCGGAAGUGAGAGAAGGGGGAAGUUGCCAGGGGGAUAGAGGAAAAAUAAACCCCUGAAAAGUGAGUCAAGUUCAAGUUCAAGUUCGUCUUCGCGGAGGAAAGGUGGUCCCGGCGUUGGAGGGCAUGGACGCCCACGUUAAGGAGGGACAACUCUAUGUGCAGCACCAGAAGUUCGGAAAGAAAUGGAAGAAGAACUGGUUCGUCCUCUACCCGGCCAGUCAAAACGGCAUCGCCCGCCUGGAGUUCUUCGACUCGAGCGGAGGCGGCGCGGCCGGCGGAGGCUCCGGAAGCGGGUCCAACGAGAAAACCAGGAAGCUCGACAAGAAGAUCAUCCGCUUGUCUGAGUGCAUUUCCAUCCUUCCGGCUCUGACGGAGAGCUGUCCCAAAGACAACAUGGCGGCCAUCUGUGUGGAGACCAACGACAAGACGCACGUGUUCGCUGCGGAGAAGAACGUCGCCAAAGACUGGAUGGAUACCAUGUGUGACAUCGCGUUUCAGCAGGGAGGAGGCGGCAGCAGCGCCGCUGCAGACGGCGACGGAGGGACCCAAGACCUGCGGAUGUCUGAAAACCUCAUCUAUUACUCCAGAGAGGAGGUGAACGAGUUCUGGGUGAGCACUCAGCGGACCGAGGCGUCGGAGCGCUGCGGGCUGGCCGGCAGCUACUGGCUGAAGGCUGAAAAAGACACCUUGAUCUUGAAGGAGCCAAAAACCAAGAGGAACAUUCUGGUGUGGCCUUACAAGCUGCUGAGGAGAUACGGACGGGACCGGGUCAUGUUUUCGUUCGAGGCGGGCCGGCGCUGCGACUCGGGCCCCGGCAACUUCACUUUUGAGACCAAGCAGGGCAACGAGAUCUUCUCGCUGGUGGACCAGGCCAUCCAGUCGCAAAAAGUGCUGGCCGAGGAGCACAAACUCAACCUUGACCCGGACUGCCCCGCGUCGAUGCUGCACAUACGCACCGGCGGCGUGACGGCGGGGAGCGGAGACAGCGACGGAGAUUCAGGCGGCAGCAAACCGGGCUCUGCCGACGGCGUCCUUGGGAAGAGGAGUUUACCAGAACCACCGGCCAUGUUGGGGAGCGCGGGAGGCGGGCUGGGGACCUCAAAGUCCUCCCGGGGCCAGACAAAAGCUCUCGCCUUGGCUGACGAACAUACGAGUCUUUACUCUGAGCCGGCGGAUUCCGUCCGCCUGCCUCCGCACGGCACCGACUGCCUGUACUCCGACCCGGUGGACAGCAUCAAAGGUCAAAGCCAGACCAGCGGCGCGUCCACGCUCCCGGUGCCCGCCCCGCGCCUCCGCCCGGUGGGAGAGGAGGCUUCGCCGGGCGGCAUCCAAGGGGAUCAUCACAACGUGGGCAGCAACCACAGGAAGCCCCCGGACUUGUACUCGCACUUGUACGACCGGAUCAGUAUGGAGCUGAACCACAAGACGAUCGCGCUCAGUCUGAACGAGGCCACGGGGGGAGGAAGAGGCGGCAACGGUAACUGGCGAACCCCAGGAGGUCAAGCGAAGGGGGCCACCUCGCCUCCUGCCGCGCGACCGGAGCACAUCUACGACGAACCCGAGGGCUGCGCCAAAGCAGGCGCGAGCCUGCCCGCUGCUUUGGGGAUGAGCAUUUAUGACGAGGCGCGUCUGGAGCCCCACAGGAGACAGGAGAACCUGUCAGGAUUGGAGGGGAAUUACAGCAGCCCCUCCCACAGACACUCCCCUCCUCAGCUGGGCAAGCCGCAUCCUCCGGGUCCAAGGGGGCCCAAACCCUUCACCGCGCCCAAACCAAGCAGGGGCGCUUUUGGUCGAAAGGAGCUGCUGCCCCACGGGAAACAUGCAGGUCCAGGCAGCAAUGUGAACCAUAACAACAACAAUGUCUUGGGUGGAGGAGACGGGGGGAGGGAGGUUUACAGCAAAGUGUCGAAGCAGAAACCUGCGUUUGCUAAUUUGUGGCAGCACCAGCCCCUGCCAAGAUCGCCUGAUCUCAUCUACGACAACCUGGGAGAUGUUUGACACCCGGGUUUUUAUACAGAGACUCAGACAAAAUGUGUAUUCCCCUUUUGUAAAAAAGAAAGAAAAGGAGGACGCUACGCUUUUUUUACUCUUGCAGUUUUUUGUAGGGACUAAGCACAUUUUUUCACCUGUGAACUUGCAAAUCAAUGGGUUUAAACGGUGGAUUCAUCUGGAGUAGAUAUGCUCAGAACUAUGAGAACACCACAUUAUGAAACAUGGAGUGCACCUAUUGUAUUUCCUGUAGGUGUGUGUGUAUGUGUGUGUGUGUGUUUUGGGAAGGAGAGUGUUUGCAUGGUCAAACCCAUAACUGGAGUACCAAGCCACAGUGUGGUUGGAAUCAGCCACUUUUCUGGAACACACACACACGCACAUGCACGCGUGCGCACACACACACACGCACACACACACACACACACACACACACACACACACACACACAGAGCAUUUGUAUCUGUCAAAAGGAGCCCGGCUUGCAGGCUUCCCUCCAAGAAGAGUGGCUUGGCUCUUCUUUCUUAAAAUGUCUGUCAUGCUGAUGAAGUAACUGGGAAACAUGUUUUUGCACUUCUUAGGUUUGGAGUAUCGUUGAGGCUAAGCCUUCACCAAAAUGUCUGCCUGCUAUCCUAAAUCCAAAUAAAUCACAGAGACUUACAAAAUAGUCAACCAAGGAUACUAAUCGCACCUUACGGUCCCUAUAAGGGAGAAACAUUGUUUCUACUGUUUUGGAGAAAGUGUGAAUAGUGGAUCUUGGAACCAGGCACGGACCACGAAGAGGUGAUGGGGUCACACGAUCCUCUUGUGGGCUUUUGUGUUAUAAAGACGACUUCAAGUCUGUGAAUGUUACGUGUCAGAACCAGCUGUGCUGUCUGUAAAUAUAACUAUUAAUAAAAAAUUGCUCCAGAAGGUUAAAAAA